CGACUGUAGUUGAUACGAGCGGGCGAGCUCGUGUCAUUGCAAAGCUAAAAUGUCGCUUAUGUGACUCGACAACUUAAACGUUAUCGUGUUUUUUGACACAUUAAUUCAAAGAUUUAACCAUAUUAGUUCUUUCUGAAGAGCAGCCAGCUCCCGUUUUCUUUUUUUUUUUCCCCAGGAGGGCGAGUGGAAUACGACAGCGGAAGAACUUGGUCACAGUGCAGCGUUUGAGGGCUUAGUUAGCUCCCAACAUUUAGCUGUGUCAACGUUCGCAGGCUUUGCUUGUCAUGCUGAUAUUUGAAAAAAGAUUUUCACGAGGGUUCAACUGUUAAGCUGUUCCCUACUUAGCGACCGAGCAGAACGCUACGAUUGGAAGUGUGAUCUUGCAUCUUGCUGAGCCGGCUGGAGCCCCAUCACAGACACACACACACGCGCACAUAUAUACAAACGUCAAAUAAGGAAUGAGGAGUAUGUCUUGCCGUAUAGUUGUGGAGCUAUAGCCCGAGCCAGAAGCUUUUUACUUUCAAAUUCAGCUCACAGGGAGUGUCCACCUUUCUCUUUGCCACAUCUGCCAAGACUGCAGCAAUGCUGACAGAUAACAGGAAGCGGCAUCGGAGCAGCGACAGUGAAGAGAAUCAACAGCUGAGUUCUCAGGCCAAGAGGUCAGGAAGGGGUCCGUGCCUGCUUGUAUCUGAUUUGGACUCCGAGUCUUCAAGCAGCGAUAGCAGCAGUGGCAUCUGCAGUACGGAAAGACCGAUGGUGGUCACGAGCAGGCCGUGCAUCCACAGUCAGAGCACCCGCAUCCCCCAGUACUCCCCGAGUGGCAAGCCCAAGGACUCGGCGGUCUCGGCGCAGCACGGUUUCCAUGGCGACGGCAGCACUUUCUCCUACGACUCCAUCAACAAGGUCCUGAGGGAGGCGCACUUCAGCAGUCUACAGACGAGAGGGCGGCCAGGUUCGACAUGACCGGCGACGUCCCUGACACCUUUUCAAGUCUCGCAGCCGAGUCGAGCGUAACCCCCCGGGUCUAAACGGGGUGAAUGAAGAGUGGGGACGUUUACACAUUAUGGGCUGUAAGGCUCAUCCCCACCCCUGCCAUAUACCAUUUGUGAAGACCAUAAGCACAUUUGCCUUUUCAUGGCCCAGCCACUGUGGUUUCUUGUGCAGUAUUGUUCGGCGUGUGCGUGCGUGCGUGCGUACGUACGUACGUGACCUGUGCACUUUAUAAAGAGGUAUCAUUCUCUUGACAUGCGUGCAUUGAUGUGUGGACAUGUUCAUUGGUGCUAAUCACAAGAGAAGUGGGAUCCAAAGUGCUUGCAAAAGUAAAUAAAGCGUUGCACUUUACUUCCAA